CACACACACACACACACACAAAUGCGUUACGUCCUUUUAGUAACAAAUAUUUAGAUUUUAAAUGAAAAUUAUACUAUGGUUUACCUGAAAAGAUAUUAUUGCGUCCGGGCGAUACUCACUGGACACACUCAUAUAAGCAUUCGCGACAUACGCGGGAGGACUCGCGGCGCGCAAAGGAAACACCACACUUAACUAGAAACUGGCUUUUAUUUAAUAAAGUGCAAACUCGUUACGAUACGUACUGUUGGCCCGAGGCCUUGUUACAGUCUGUCUCUUUGAUCUUGUUAAUUCCGUCUCUUGGCAGUCACGACCCUCAGCUGGACAACGACGAUCGGCAUCCGGCAGCGGGUGGCUCAUCCACACCGAGUCACAGUAUUUUGCGGGAAGAAUAAUAUAAUCAAAACUAUGUGCACUCAAAUGUAAUACAGGUACGUGAAUUUUUUAAAAUUCACCUGGCUAAAUUUUAAAUAUUCUUUACUUUAGUAAUACUGUCAUAGUUGUUGACGCGUAACAUCGAUUGACGAAUGUUCCAUGCAAAAUUGCAAACAACUGUAUUAUAUGAGCAUAGCUAAUAAAAUAAGGCAAGUGUGUACGCGCCGGUUGCAGUAAAAAGAGUGACUAUGCUUGCGCACAAUUUAAUCAAGAAGUUAUUUUAUAGAGAGAGUUUUUUUGUGAGAAAUGAACAUUUGUUAAAUUUCCAUUGGCGUGGAAUCGAUCACUUAAUAGCAGCCUUUUUCUUGAAAACAUUGUAAAACAAUUUUGUUCAUUCCUUGGUCAGUAAGAUAAUUUACGUUAAACAUUUAUGGUAAAAAGAAACUUCUAAAAUAUAUUGUAUUCAUUUCUGGAAAGGUAAAGAUAUUCAUCUUUAACAAUUCGCAGUCAAACGUAUCGCAAUGCUUGCAGAAUGAUGAUCUGUAUCGUGACAAAACACCUUAGACUUAUGCGAUUUUACUUAUUCUCAAUUGGUCUAUGGCCUUAUUAUCGAACACACUUAGUUCGACUUCAAUUUUUCUUGUGUUUUAGCAUUUUACUUAGCUUUGUUAUAUUCCAGCUUACACCAUUCCUGGUUGAUGAUUGCACUGUUAACAUUAUCAUUAAAAAUCUCUCAUUAACGUCAUUUUUUUCUGUAUAUGUGAUUGUAUAUGUUGCGGGUUGGGCCAGCGACGAUAAGAUAAAGGGUUUACUGGAGCAUCUGCAACUUAUUUGUAAUCAAUUGAAAGACGAAAACGAAUUUGCUAUUAUAAAAAAAUACGGGAACCACGCAAAACGUUAUGCAGCUGUUCUUACAUCAUUUUCCAUGUGUAGCAUGUUUGGUAUUAUGUUAUUACCAUUCUGGCCGCGUAUUUUAACAAUUGUUUCGCUCAUAAACGAGUCUCAAACAUAUGCCAAAGUGCAAAUUACAACUGAAUAUUUUAUUAAUCAAGAAAAAUACCUUUAUCUAAUUUUGCUACACUUAGAUACAGUUCUUUGGAUAGGAUCAUCUACGUUAAUGGGAAUAGGAUUAUUGCUCUUAGGAUAUUGCCAACAUAUGUGUGGAAUAUUUAGUAUUGCUAGUUAUCGCAUCGAGCAUGCAAUGAGCAUGCUCGAAAAUAGUAGCUUGGACAAUGAAAUUAAAAUGUACAAGGAAAUGACUUACGCCAUUGACAUUCACUGCACAGCUAUAAAGUACUCCGAGUUUUUAACAUUGUCUUUUGAAAACAUAUGUCUCCCUUUAGCACUGCUUAUUGUCAUUUCCACGAGCUUGAAUCUUUUUGGGAUUUUCAAGAAUAUGUUAAUUGAAGGUGAUAUAGAAACAUGUAUGCUUCAUAUUAUAAUAAUAGGCAUCCUCUUUAUAUUGUUAUACUUGCUGAAUUCUCUUGGACAAGACAUCACAGAUCACAGUAAUUACGUGUUGUCUACUGCAUAUAAUGUUAAAUGGUAUACAGCACCAUUACGUAUACAGAAGCUAAUAUUAGUUUUGUUGCAAAGAGGUAACAAAACUUUUACCUUAACAAUCGCUAAAAUGCUCUUGCUAUCUAGGGAGAGUUUUGCCACACUAAUGAAAGCAUCGAUAUCCUAUUUUACUAUUCUAUAUUCUAUGCAGCAGUAAUGUGCAUAUAUAAUUGCAUAUAUCUUGUUAGAAUGUUUCUCAUAUUAAUGAAUAAAUUAUAACAGUUUUUAAUUGAA